AUGACGGAGCAGUCCCAUGGUCUCGAGGCCGACGUGCUGGUCAGCACGCCUGCAGGCAAGGUGCAGGCUGCCCAGGCUGCGUACCUGGCCUCACUGACGGAUAAGCAGAUCAAGCGCAUCCUGGUCCUGAUUGCAAUGGAGGCCGAGGCAGCCCCCCUGAUCCAGGCCCUGGGUUUGGUGCAGGACACACCCCGCGUCAUCCCGGAGCCCGCCCCCUGCGUCUCCUUCUCUGGCUCCCACGCCGGCGCCCACGUGCACGUGGUCGUGAACGGCAAGUGUGGAAAGCACGGCGUGGACAACGUGGGCACCGUCCCCGCCGCGCUGACCGCCUACCUGGCGCUGCAGGCCUUUGACCCCGACCUCGUCAUCUCCACGGGCACGGCCGGCGGGUUUGGCGCCCAGGGCGCCGCCAUCGGCGACGUCUUCCUCUCCACCGCCACCGUCAACCACGACCGCCGCAUCCCGAUCCCGGGCUUCGACCAGUAUGGGCUGGGUCUGCACGCGGCCCUGCCCACGCCGCAGCUCCAGGCAGCGCUGGGACUGAAGGCGGGGCUGGUGUCCUCUGGGAAUUCCCUGGACUACGUCGAGCGGGACAUGGAGAUCAUGCGGGAGCAUGACACCUCCGUCAAAGAGAUGGAGGCUGCAGCCAUUGCCUGGUCGGCGAGCUUAUUUGGCGUGCCCAUGUUCAGCGUCAAGGCCAUCACCGACAUUGACGAGUUCCUGGAGAACCUGGCGACCGCUGCCGCCUCCCUCCAGCAGGUGCUUCCCCAGGUACUUCACUACGUCUCUGGUAAGAGGUACCGCGAGCUCUGA